UCAAAAGAAAAGAUUGCAGUUGGAUUUGUAAUGACGUGGUUGAUGGGUAAUGCUAUAUAUGCAAACUGAUCACGGCAGAAAAAAAAGGCAAGAAGGAAAAGAACGGUGCAGGGAAAAGGAGAAAGAAACUUUUUAGCCAACACCAGAAAAUUUUUAUGGAUCCUUUGCGUCGCCUCGUCUCUCUCGCGGUUACGACUUCAUCCUCAUCAUCUUCGUCGUCCUCCUUGACUCUUCUGCUCGCGCUCCUCUUCUACGCCGCCAGCGCCGCCGCGGCCUUCGACAUCGUCCCCAUCACCUUCGACGAGGCCUACGCUCCUCUCUUCGGCGACUCCAACGUCGUCCGCUCCGGCGACGGCAAGAGCGUCCGUCUCCUCCUCGAUCGCUUCUCCGGGUCCGGUUUUAUCUCCUCCAAUCUCUACAAGUAUGGCUUCUUCAGCGCGAGGAUUAAGCUGCCGUCCGACUACACGGCCGGCAUCGUCGUCGCCUUUUAUACGUCGAAUGGCGACGUAUUCGAGAAGACCCACGACGAGCUGGACAUAGAGUUCCUGGGGAACAUAAAGGGCAAGAAAUGGAGGUUCCAGACGAACGUGUACGGGAACGGGAGCACGAGCCGAGGGAGGGAGGAGCGGUACACGCUCUGGUUCGAUCCCACCAGGGCCUUCCAUCGCUACAGCAUCCUCUGGACCGCCAACAACAUCAUAUUUUACGUGGACGAAGUCCCCAUCAGAGAAAUAAUCCGGAACGACGCCAUGGGCGGCGACUUCCCGGCGAAACCGAUGGCCUUGUACGCCACCAUCUGGGACGCCUCCGACUGGGCCACCUCCGGCGGCCGCUACAAGGUCAACUACAAGUACGCCCCCUUUGUCGCCGAGUUCAAGGACCUUGUCCUCCAGGGCUGCCCUGUUGACCCCAUCGAUCAGUACUCCUCCGGACACUGCUACGACAAGCUCGCCCUCCUCGAGGCCCAGGACUUCGCCACCGUCACUGCACAGCGGCAUGCGGCCAUGCGGCGGUUCCGGCAGAACUACAUGUACUACUCCUACUGCUACGACACCAUCCGGUAUGCGAUUCCUCCGCCAGAGUGUGUGAUCCUCCAGUCAGAGAAGGAGCGGUUCAAGGACACCGGGCGGCUCAAGUUCGGCGGCAGUCACAAGAAGCGGUCGCGGCGGAGGGGGCAUCGGAUACCGUUGGUGUCGGAGGAGCAGCCCGUGAUGUAGUUUGAUCGUCAGCUGUAAUUACAUGUGCCUAGACUUUUUUUUUUUAUCUCAUUUUAUUUCUUCUAAUUUUUGUGGCUCCAGGCAGAUAAUACGAGGGGGAAUUUUCGCAUGCAUGGCUUGAAUAAUCAAAUUGAAUAUUGAGAAUCAUCUCAAUGUUUACUAUGUAUAUUAUUGAUUGUCAAUAUGUGUAAUCAUAAGUCACCUUCAGAAGAUCAGAUGAGCAUUGUCAAU